AUGCCUAAACUAAGUUAUUAUGCCUUUGCUGCAACUGACCCUGAGAUAAGUCUGUUAGCUUUGCAAAGGGUCAGGGAACUUUUCUUGGCAAACAAACUAUGGGUUACUGCUGACGGGCAAUGCAUAUAUAGAGAGAGAAAAGAAAGAGCAGCAGCAUUUUGUGUUCCAGCCUAUCUCAGAGACGAAAGAAGCAAAAGAGGUAUGUUAUGCCCUACAUUUAUUUCUGAAAAUUUCAUGGAGCUUGCUCCCCACCCUCCCCAAAUUCUUUGACCAUAAUGUACUAUUUCCAUACAGGGCUAUUAAAAAGACAACGGCAACGAGAAUAUGCUAAGGUUUUCAGUGCUCCUGUUCUUCGCUAUCUCAGCAGUGUCAAUCAGUGGAAAGAGGCAAUGUCUGGAAGGAGCAGCUCACAAGCACAGACCCAGCCAGGAGAAUAACUUGCACGAAUGUACCCUAUAUUCCAAAUGUAAGUCCCGUGAAAUCUGUGAAAUAUUUGCAAAACUAUUUAAGUUAGCCUUUACAUUAACUAACCAGCUCUGAUGCCACCCAUAUUAAUUUGAUGCCCUGAAGAAUUUAUUGAAGUUGAGUUUUUAUAUUGACCAAUAUAUCCAAUGGCAGAAGAAAAGUCAGCUGCCCAAUUGGUUAUUUGCAUCCAUUGGAUCUUAGUGAAUGUGUGUGUUUUGGCCCACAUGUGAAAUCUUAUUAUCACUUGCUCCAGGAAUGAUGUUAGGUUGUUGUAAUUAACAAUGUGUGAUAUCCUGUUUAUGCCUGAGCUUUAUGCAUCAGGGUUUUGCUUCUAAAUGGGGCAUGCACUGGGUGGAGUGGGGUAAGAACUGUCUUUAGACAUGUUGCUUGUGAAUUUGUCAGUGUCAACAAUUUCAGCUUAUGCUCAUGAUUUCCAAAGGGUCCCCCCAAGUCUUUUUUUUAAUACAGUAUAGCGAUGAUAAGUGCACUGAAGGAAUGAAGCUCACAUUCUUUUGUAUGAAAAGAAAUCUGUAUUACUGUAUAAUUUUAAAUCUGUAUAAUGUUAAAUUAUCAUUUCCAACAUCAAAUUUGAGUUUGAAGUAUUUAAUUAAGAUAUUUCCUUUGUAAAUUUUAACUUCCCAGUAUUCUUUUGGUUUUAAAACAUGUUUUUAGUAGCAUGUUUUUCAUUUUACAAAAGCACAUGGAAAAUAAUGAUGGAACUCACUUCUCAUUUUUAACUAAGGGACCACUGUGGGGACUUAACAAAAUUCUGUGUAUUCAAAGUUGUGAUUAUGUUACAAAGUAAACCUUCAGAAUGAGAUAUAUUUGUUUUUAAUUCCCCACAGCCUCUUGUUGCUCUGAAGACAUUACAAAGGAACUAGCUGAUUCACCAGUGAUUAAAGUAAAUACCACCUAUUGGAACCGAUGUGGAAAUAACAGUAAAUUGUAAGUGACUUGCCCUUGUUCUUUUUCUCCAAGUGCAUUCAGAUUUUUUCCUUCAUUCAAGGGUUCUUGUUUGCCAACAAUCACCAGCAUAACUUUGUGAAAAGCACAAUAUAAGGCUGCUGCCUGUUUGUUGUUGUUGUUGUUGUUGUUUUGGUAUGGCUUGUGUACCUUUAACAGUAGCAUUGCAUGCAGAAAUUCAUUGGGUUAAGUUAUGUGUUUCAUGAAAGUCAGUUGUUGAACUGUUGAACACAGGAGCCAUUGCAGAAAAAAUGUUGGAAACCCUGCUUCCAUAUGCCAGAAGCAUCCCCUCUUUUUUGACUGAACACUUACAUUUCAUUGACUUUAAUAUAUUGUAUUAUCAGUGCACAGCAGGUAUACACAGGGGAAGAGUUUAUUGUAUGCAUUUUAAAACUUAAAAAAUACAUAAAAGUAGAGGCUCACUGCAGAAUAAAAAGCAUUUUUGCAUCAAACCUAUUUAUUUUUGUAGAGUACAUGGUUCACAACUACCCCAUCAUCCUAUCAAACUCAGAGUGGCAUUCAACUAAAUUUUAAUCAGAACAGAUCUAUUAAAACUAAUAAGUAUGACUAAGUUAGGUCAUUAAUUAAGUGAGCCUAUUUUGAGUAAAACUUAUUAUUUGAGUAAAACCUAUUCUUCAGAUGUGGGCCCUUCUGUAGACAAAAUGUUACUAUCCAUGCACCAGAGGGAAAUAUUUAGAGGCUUGGGGAUCCCUGAAGUUUGCAAAAGUUCAAUGGCUCUUAGGAAUGUUGACCAACUAUUGUUUGGGAUGGAGGUUGGAAAACUAAGGGGGGAAGAUGAAAUGGAAUAGAGUAUCCUGGGAAAGGACAAAGCUGGCUGGCUGAAACCCUAAGUAGGAACACUGAACACUGCAAGACUGUUGCAAAUAACACUUGCCUGAUAAGGCACAAUGGCAGAAUCGCCAUAGAAGUGGAACAGAUGCCUGUGGAUAGUAUGUGUUCCAUAACCAAAUAAGUUCUAUUACAGAGUGUCUGACCAUUUAAGUGGAGGAAGUCAAAGGUGUUAGGAUAAAGCAAUGGCACAUUAUUCUCCUGUGUAUUGUAUACCAUAAAUACAUGCAGGUCUUGAAAUAUGUGAGUGCAAGGGGCUGAACAGCAGAACUCUAAUUUUAUUGUAAACCGCUUUGAGAUUUUUUCUUUAAACUAUAAAGCAGUAUAGAAAUGAAAUGAAUAAUAAAAAUAAUAAAAAAAUUUGCCUUGGUACCCUAGCCUAGCCUAAAGUGUUGCAUUCCAAUAAAGUUCUUUGGAAAAAUGCAGGCUGAUCUCUUAGAGCAUAGAGGCAGCCACAUAUGCAAUGCCAGUUGUUUUUCAUGUAAUAACAAUGGUUAUUUCUAAUGCAACAGAUGUCAGAGCUAUUUGAAGAAGAUAGAAUGCUUUUACAGGUGUUCACCAUAUAUUGCACAUUGGGCACAUCCCAACUACGCAGCUGCUAUUGUGUCUGUUCCCAUGUGCCAAAACUUCUGUGAUGACUGGUAAGUUGGGGGUUAUGCUUCUCAUUUUAAUAAAACAGUAUCUUUCAGCCACCAAAUACCCAGGUAAAUAGGGAAGUUAUAAAAUUCCUCUUGACUGUUAACAAUUAGGGUGACAGACACACCUCAGUGUGGUUGAUAUUGAAGCAGGCACUCUUGAUUCUUGGGUCCCAAGAUAUUUAAGGCUUUGUAUGCUAGUACUAACACCUUGAAUCGGGUAUGCACAAAACCUUGCACUGACAGAACAUUUGCCUUAGCGCUAUUUUGAACACAACCCUGACAUUCCCACCACCCCAUUACAUCCCUGUGCCUGUUUUACAACAUGCCCCUUAUUUUAAGAUAAAGGCAAACAAUACAACACACAUGCCAGUUCUACUGAUGGACAACUUUAUUCUACAACACUUCAGCUCUGUAGAACUGAUGACAAAAUUCCUGAACAUCUUGCAAUAAUCUAGAGAACCACACAACAAGCUCCACAUGUACAGUGGAGAUUUGAACUUCUGUUUCUUGACAAGAAGCAGAGGUUGCUGAUAGACUUCUGUUCAAAUAACAGUUACAGAUCCCACGGGGCAUGUUCAAGACCUUAGAUGCAGCUUUCUGGAUUGAUGUCUGCUCUCUGGGGGUGGUGUUCAUUUGAGCAGACUUGUUCCCAAAUGAUAAAAUAUUAGUAGUUCCUCACACUAUGGACAAUAUAUUGCACCUAUCUCUGGCCAUCAUCUAAUUCACUGAGGAACACUUUGAAAAGAGAGUGAGGAAUAGCGAGCAGCACUUCUAACACUGCUCUGGCACCCCAGAUACCACUUAUCCACAACACUUUAACCUCUAGCUUGACAACUGGGGGACCAAGUAGCAGUCUUCAAACUGCUGGAUUUGACCUAGGGUGCUCAAGUUAUUGACCUACAAAUGAGUCUACUUCAAGCUAUAUGCUGGGAAAGCUUUGAACAAUGUUUCUACUUCUCCUGUAUACUCAAGGCGGAAGCUGCAGAACUCUUUUGUUUUAUAGACAGUAGAAUCUGUUUAACAUACUGCAUGGCUGCUAAGGAUAUCCCCAUUCCCCACAUCCUACAGAGAUCCUUACUUCAAAAUCCUCUGUACCUUUGUUGUAAAGAGUAAUUUUCACAGUGUUCAGAAGAAACAAGAACUUGACUUUAAGGGACAUAAGGAGUCUUACCUCAAGCUUUCCUCUUUCUUUCUAAUGGCUUGGAAUUUCCUGCACCAAAAGCUCAUUUUUCAGUAUAUAUGUGGACUUUGGAGAGCCCUUAGGGGUAGCUUCCCUUUCCAACCCACCUGCCAAAGAGUCCUUGGACAAUUACAGAGGAAAUGGUGAACUUGACACAUUAAAUAAUUCUCAGCACUGACAUAAGGAUUUGUUUUAAAUGAAAACAGAUCUCUCUGGUGAAUCAUACUUUGGGAAAGUACAUUGCUUUUGUGUUAUUAUUUCAUUUCAUUGACACUGUACACCAUAUGGUUUUUCUCCUGAUAUCCUUUUCCCCAGCCCUCAAUAUACUUUAAAGCUGGGUCAUCAUAAAGCACUUAAAAAAAAAAAAGGCAAACCAAGUAAUUGAUAAAAGUCUCUACUUUUCUACACUCUUAUUUGGAAGUAAAUCCAACUGAAAUAAAUGGGACUAACUUAUGAGUGUGAAUGCAUUCUAGUGGGCUGCAAUCUAGUGACUAUUUUAUCAUUCGUUGGCAGCAUGGAAGUAAGUUUGUCAGAUCCAGUACAAGGUGGGCCUCCAGACUUUUCAGUAGUUUGACCAGGCAGAGAUUAAACAGAGCUUUUCCUGUCAUAGUGCUAGAAUGAAAGGAGAAGCUGUGCUUGUGACAUAUCCCCCUCCUGUACAGUAAUUAAAGUAGUUCCCUGUUGGAUCUGACGAUCACAGCUGCAAAAUAACCAUCCUGGAAAGCCAAUGCUCUUGAGAGCUCUUGAGAAGGGGAAGGAGCUGCAGAAGGAAGAGACAGCUGUGUGCAUAUCCUGCCCUGCCCAAGCCUUCAAAGAAGCACUAGGGGAAAGAGAAAGUGUGCUGCUAAUUCACUAUCCUGUCGCUCUGAGCUGGAAAUGAAAGACAAGUCAUUAUAUUGCCUAUAGUGAGGGCUGUGGAAGGGAGCAGGCGAUUAGUCUCUGAUCCUGUUCCCACUUGAGAAAAGGAUCAGGGACAUGCUGCCUUCUCCUUUCCUUUAACCUUCUCUCCCUUUGUCUGUAAUGUCCUUUAAAAAAACUGACCUAGAAUAUUAAUCAGAACAGGAGUUGAAUGAAUGAAUUUAUUAAUACGGUCACAGACCAGCGCCAACACACACAACAUCACAGAUCAUAAAAAUAUAUAUAAAAAAUACAAAGGGCAAUAUAAGUAUAACAGGCAUUUAAAUAUAAAAAAUUAAAAUUAAUUAUUAUUAAUUAAAAAAUUAAAAUUAAUUAUUAGCAUGCCCCCUGCUAUCAACACUUGGGGUUUGGUCACCAUGGGAUACCACUUGCUUCCUGCGACUAAUUGCAGCCGCACAGAAUUUGGCUACAUUUAAUGUAGUCUUGGGAUUCUUGUCCUCUAGCAGCGGUUCCAAACCAUGGUGUUCCGACUCCUUCCCGGACUUCCGCAAAACAGGAGCAAUAAAAGUCGAACGUAUGUCCUCAUAAAGACGACAACGCAACAGUACAUGUGCAGCAGUCUCAACCUCCAACGAGCCACAAGGGCAGACCCGCGCUGCGUAUGGUUUACCCUCAAAUCUGCCCUGAAGUAAGGCAGAAGGGAGAACGUUGAAUCUGGCGAGGGUAAAAGACCGUCUGUAUUUAGGUACCUGAAGACCUGACAGAUAGUUAGCUGGAGAAAAACCUCUCCCAUAGUCCCUUAUUGCAGGAUGUUUGAUCAUUUCACUCAUGUGGCAUUGUAAUUCUACAUCCCAGAUACGCUGGCGAAUUGUGGUCCUAGCUUUCUCGAAGCCUGUGGCUAUCAGGGUCUGCUGUGGGAUCCCCAAGCCUUUAAGCUUUUCCAGCAGUGUAGCUUUCCAUCUGGAUUGGUAGGUAUCCAAUAAGAACAGGAGUUAUAUCAUCCCUACUUGUGUUGACAGUACAUAGCCUUGAAAAGUGGAACUUUAGGCAAUACAAAAUUCCGCAAUGGCACACAUGUCGCAAGCAAUAUUGCCAGGCUGCAACACGGAGAAGCAGUGUCCUUUCAUUUGUUAGUCCUUUCACCUACUCUGCCCACCGCCAACUCCCAUGAGCAGGCCAUGCAGCAAGCAGUGGAGACACAGACAGAGAGGCCAAAGAAGAAAUAAGUGUGGCAACUUAUUUUCUUGCUUUCUCAGUGGCUUUAGAGAAAAGGUGGGGAAGCUGGAGUUCGACCACAUCUGCCCUUGCUGGCUAGGCUGAUGGGAGCUGGAGUUCAACAAUUUCUGGAGGCCCACAGCUUCCCCAUCUCUGCUUUAAAGCUGCAGUGUAAAUUUCAACGUCGUCACACAAGUCACAUCUAAAUAGCAAACCUGCUUUGAGAAGAUGAACGUUCACCCUGGCAUUAGCACAUUAUCGCAGGCACUGCUUAUAGGCAGAUUUUUACACCUGUAAGAAAUGAAAACGUUACCUUUAGGAGCUAAUCUUAAUUUCAAAAUCUUACUACAUCUGCUAAAAAUUGCCUGGAAGAGUCAACUGAGAUGCUCAUAGGAGCCUGCAGCUCUUGGAGUUUCUAUUAUAUUUAUAUAUUUUCAUGACCAGACAGGAAUAAUAAACUGAAGAGAUCCCUUUAUAGCAUUUUAAACAAUAGCUUCUAGCAAACCAUGAUCUAAGGUAGUUUUUAUGUCGUCCCCCCCUUUUAAUUUGUAGUUCUUUAAGAUUAAUUUGUAAUUAACCUCUUUAAACAAUAUUAAUUUUAAAACUAUUACCUUACUGACAGGAACUAAUCUUUCCGCUAACCAUAUUUAAACUAAGGCAUGCUUCUUAUUUGUAAUAUUAAUGUGAUUAUACAAAAUGGACUCUUUGAUCCCAGUCAGAAGUUAGGGGGUUUGCUUGAGUUUUGCCAAGGCAAACUUCUACAAGAUACAGGCUAAAAAGGCUGGCAAAAGAUGAAAGGAGGAGGGGAGCCAAUGUUGCUAGUGUUAUUAUGACUCAAACAUAUGUUUUCAUUAAUUUCCAUGGCAACAUAACCAUCAUACAGUGUCAGCUUUUGGAAAAAAACAUGCUAUAAAAGACACAGAAUUUUAAAAGUGUGUUCAUAUCACACCUUUAUUUUUAAGCACAUAUUGCAUUCAUAUAAAUGGUGUGACUAAAGCCAAAUACAAACUUAUUGACCUGGUAUUUGUAAACUAUUACAGUGGUACCUCGGGUUACAGACGCUUCAGGUUACAGACUCCGCUAACCCAGAAAUAGUACCUCGGGUUAAGAACUUUGCUUCAGGAUGAGAACAUAAAUCGCGGCGCAGCGGCAGUGGGAGGCCCCAUUAGCUAAAGUGGUACAUCAGGUUAAGAACAGUUUCAGGUUAAGAACAGACCUCCAGAACGAAUUAAGUUCUUAACCCGAGGCACCACUGUAAUAUGCUGAGUACAUAAGAAAGAACUGUGGUUAAUUCUGUUAAAAUUUAGAUACAUUCUCUUGCCAAACAAGAAAUCAUGCUUCAAAGUCCAGUUUAUGCAAACAUGUUAUUCUUUAAGCAUUUUCUAGCUGAAAACAAGGUCAAAGGAACUGGUUCACCUGUUAUUGAGGGCCCCUGCAGAUAGGAAUUUUAGUCUGUAUUCAAGGUGAUUUGUGCUCUUGUGGGUAUCAGGAUGGUCAUAUGUGAUCUUGCAUUCAGGGCAGUUCACACCAUCAAAACACUCUGGAUCACACAGCAUCUGCUAUGAGCUUUGUGUGGCCCAUAGCUUCCCUACCACCCAAACGUUACUUUUCAGAUCACAAAAGUUCUAGGUGUUUUUUAAUCCAACAUUUAUAGUACUGCAGUGCUUGGCUACUCUGGCAAUGCACAGACUAAAAUUUGCUUCUUAGUGAUGUCACUACUUACACAUACUUCCUAUUGAUGCCGUUUUAGUGGAGAGAGGUGGAAAGGAGAGGGAUUGUGUGUAUGAGGUGUGUAGGACCCUGUUACUGACCCUAACAGAUUGGAGAACUGGGCCCAAACUAACAAAAUGAAUUUCAAUAGGAACAAAUACAAUGUUCUAUAUUUUGUUUAUAAUUUUCACAUUUACAAAUUUUCCACAUUCACGUUCACCAUACAAAAACAAUACACAAGGUUUUACACUUAGGCAGGAAGAACCAGAUGCACAGAUAUAAGAUGGGGACACCUGGCUUUCCAGUAGUACAUGUGAAAAGGAUCUAGGGGUCUUAGUAAACCACAAGCUUAGCAUGAGUCAACAGUGUGAUGCAACAGCUUUGAGCUAAUGGAAUGGAAGCAAAUGCUAUCAGCCCAGCCUACACACCUUCCUCUGUGUUGAUUUAUGAGAGACGGCACAUAAAUCAGUCAUCUAUGCUUUCUUUACCUUGCAGGUAUGAAGCUUGUAAAAAUGACUUCACUUGUGUUAGCAACUGGCUGACAGACUGGGCAAUUGAUGAAAAAGGAGAAAACCACUGUAAGAACGUGUGCAUCCCCUACCACGAGGUAGUGUAUCAUAAUGAACCACAAACAGUGCACCUAUGUGAAGGAGCCAGAAGGCUACAUAUAGCUCUGCAUUCAACACCAGGGAUCUAGUCUAGUAGAUGUUCCUUCAACAAGAAAAAACUCACCUACUCAAACCCCACCGGUAUUCCAAUGUCCUUUAGUAGAACUUGUGCACAGUAGUAGAGUAGUAAAGAUUAACAAUAAUCUGCAAUAAGUCACUUAAUUGAAUUUCUAAAUUGUGACAUCCAUAAGACAAUUCUAAACCAUGUGUUAGAAUGAAGAGAUGUGUUUUUAUUUGUUAGAAAUAGAUACAUCUAAAAAUAUGUUUUCCAAGCUUCCAAUAGCUGACCUACUUUUUCUGAAUUAAAAGAGAACUGUUUUAGAGUGAAAGGAGGAGCUUAACACCUGUGUUUGUGCACUGCUGUGAACUUUCAUUCAGAAGUCAUGUCCAGAGUGAUCAUACAAAGACACAAAAAUUCAACCUUAUGUUAAGGCAAAUAAUUCUGCUUCAUCUGCAUUCGAAGGAAUUGACAGUGCAAUACUUUGCAUGUCUAUACAGAGGACUUGCUCCUGGAGAAGUGGAUCUAACAUAGCAGACUGAAUUUAUCUCAAGCACCUCUGAUGCAGACACAUAAGUUAAUUACCCAGCCCUAGUGGAGGCUGAUUGAAAGGAAAUAAAGGAAGAGCAGUGAGUGAGUACAUAGAGGGCUUUUGUGAACCUGCUUAUUUCACUAACAGUCCUCAGUUUGGGAAUCGCUGAUCUAGAUUAAAAGGAUGCAGAUUUUGUAUUUAUUCCCAACUUUUACAUUGAACCUUUCCGCCAAGAAACUCAAGGCAUUAUGCAUGGUUCCUCUCCAUUUUUAACCACAUAAUGACUCUAUGAGGUGCAUUAGGCUGAGAAAUAGUGACUGGCCCUAGAUCAUCCAAUGAGCUUUAAAGCUGAGUGGGGAUUUCAUUUUGAGUCUUCUCAGUCGUAGACUGCCACUCUUAACUAUCACACGGGCUUUCUGAUUACUUUCUCAAAGCAAUAUCAAUUUUGCCCUUUAAUAAUGGCCCAUAAUACAUGCUAAUUUACCAGCUUGCAGUCUAUUCAUCAAACCACUGCCAUGUGCUGCCCAAUCACAUCCCAAAGUAUGUUACUGCUUCUACAUUUGGCAAGACAGAAAGGGGCCGUGUAUCUCAGCUGGAGAUGACUUGGGUGACAUCCACACCAUACAUUUAAAGUACAUGGCUUCCCCAAAGAAUCUUGGGGAUUGUAGUUUAAGGGUGGUGAGAAUCAAAAUUAUGUGAGGGGUAAACUACAGUUCCCACAAUUCUUUAUUUAAAGUGUGCUUUAAAUGCAUGGUGUGAAUGCGACCAUGCUUCGCAUGCAAAAAUGUCCAUACUUCAGUUCCUGGUUAAAAGGAUCAAGCUAACUAGUGAUAGGAAAAACCUCUGAGAGCCUAGAGCAUGGGUAGACAAACUAAGGCCCGGGGCCGAAUCCGGCCCACUCACCUUCUAAAUCGGAAUCAGCAUGUUUUUACAUGAGUAGAAUGUAUCCUUUUAUUUAAAAUGCAUCUCGGGGUUAUUUGUGGGGCAUAGGAAUUCAUUCAUCAUUUUUUUUCAAAAUAUAGUCCGGCCCCUGACAAGAUCUGAGGGACAGUGGACUGGCCCCCUGCUGAAAAAGUUGGUUGACCCCUGGCCUAGAGAGCAAUUGCCAGUCAGAGCAGGUUUAAAAAUGGGCUAGGUGGAAACACCGUAUAAGCCAGCUUCCUAUGUUCUUGUGGAAGCAAAGAAAAUUGAGAUUUCUGUUUGAGUUGGCUCACAGCUGAAAAUAAAAGUGACUAAGAUCCAAAAGGAAUAGAGCUGGACAGCGCAAAGCGGGAAGAGAAUUUGUCUCUUUAUUUCCAUUGCUUUUAGCUCAUACAGUAAAGCAAUCAGCUGCUCCCCCCCCCCAAUUUGUACAAAUGGCAGAAAGGAGCAGUGGAAGGCGAGUGCUAUGUGACCUACAUGAGCUGUUGUUAAUCCUGGACCAAGCUUUUCCAAGCAUGGCAUAGUAGAAAGAUCUAGAGCAGGAGGAACAUGUGGCCCAAUUUUGCAAAGCUUGUGUGUCAUCAAGAGCCAUUUCAUUUUGUGUCUAUUGCAUUGGAUGUCGUAAAUUUAGACAGUUUUGUUUCUCUGACUCCUAGAUGUAUGGCAAUGGGACUGACCCAGCACACUGGCAGCCACCCUGUCAGACCUGCUGGAGGUGGUGGCGGGCUGGGCCUUGGAGUUCCCAAACCUACUGGUUUUGGGAGACUUCAACAUCCAUGCCGAUGCCGCUCCCUCCUCACAGGCUCUGGACCUAGUGACUUCCAUGGCAACACUAGGGCUCUCCCAGUUUGUUUUGGGCCUCACUCAUCAAGCAGGCCACACACUGUAUCUGAUCUUUGGGGCUGGCAUAGAUGUGAUCAUGCUUCCCCCUGUGGAAGUGCCAUGGUCUGAUCACUACGCUCUGAAAGCUAAGAUUGACUUCCCGCUCCUCCCCUGCUCAGGUGGCGAACCUAUUUGGGCUCGUCCGCGAAAACAGAUGGAUCCUGAUAGAUUCCGACAAGCCUUGCGGGACCCUGCUCCUCCUGGUGACUCAUUAGAUGACCUUGUUGAGGACUGGAAUAACCGGCUCUUGGCAGCCAUUGAUAAGAUCGCGCCUAAGCGCCCUCUGCGACCCCGUCGAAACCAGGCCCCUUGGUUUACUGAGGAGCUCCGGAAAAUGAAGCGGGAUCUCAGACGGCUAGAGCGAGUAUGGCGACGGACUUGUGACGGAGCCUCAAGAACAUCUUAUAGGACGCUUAUGAAAGCCUAUGAGAUGGCUUUGAAAGCUGCUAAGAAAUCUUACUUUGCAGCUUCCAUUGCAUCCGCUAGCUCUCGCCCGGCACAACUUUUUAGAAUAAUUAGGUCAAUAACGUCCUUAGGAGGACAACCAAAUUUAAGCACAAAUUCGACCCACAGCUGUGAGGCAUUCACGAGCUUUUUUGCGGAGAAAGUCCUGUUGCUCCGCCGUGACCUCCCUGCCAAUUUAGAUACAGUUACUGAACUGGAGGCCCCUCGACUGACUUCAGGUCCAGUGUUGGACCAUUUCGAUCGGAUACUCCCUGCUGAUGUGGAUAGAUUCCUCCAAGUUGGUAGGCCCACCACCUGCCUCCUUGAUCCGUGCCCAUCUUGGCUGAUUAGGGAGUGUCCAGAUGUUGCGCGGACCCCCCUGGUUGAAAUUAUCAAUUUGUCCCUUGACACGGGGACAUUCCCAGGGGAACUGAAGGAAGCAGUAGUGUGUCCACUCUUAAAGAAAACUUCAUUAGAUCCCUUAGACCUAUCCAAUUACCGCCCAGUUUCUAAUCUUCCAUAUCUGGGUAAGGUAAUUGAGAGAGCGGUUGCUGAACAGCUUGGUAGGUUUCUGGAGGAAACAUCGGCUUUAGAUCCAUUUCAGUCCGGUUUCCGUCCUGGUUUUGGGACCGAGACGGCUCUGGUUGCCCUAACAGAUGAUCUCCGUAGACAACUGGAUCGAGGCGGGUCAGGACUGCUGAUCCUUUUAGAUUUGUCAGCGGCCUUUGACAUGGUCGAUCAUGAUCUUCUGGACCACCGCCUCGCAGACGUGGGGAUACAGGGCAUAGCCUAUAACUUGCUGUGCUCUUUUGGGCUGGACUGUCACCAGUAUGCUGAUGACACUCAGCUCUAUCUGCUGAUGGAUGGCCACACCGACUCGGCCCCGAACACACUGACCAGAUGCUUGGAAGCUGUGGCUAGAUGGUUUCGUGGGAGCCGAUUGAAACUAAAUCCUUCAAAGACAGAGGUCCUAUGGCUGGGUCGGGAUGGCAUGGGGAUGAGGGACCAACUCCCUUCUCUUGCGGGGGCCCAAUUAGUGCCAUUGCCUUCCCUUAAGAGUUUGGGUGUAAUCCUUGACGCCUCCCUUUCCAUGGAGGCGCAAGUUACAGCAACAGCCAAGGAGACAUUUUUCCACCUUCGCCGCAUCAAGCAGUUGGUCCAUUACCUUUCCCGCCCCGACCUGGCCACAGUGAUCCAUGCGAUGGUCAUCUCCAGGCUUGACUACUGUAAUUCGCUCUACGCGGGGCUGCCCUUGAAGCUGUCCCAGAAACUCCAGCGGGUGCAGAAUGCUGCAGCGAGGCUCCUCACAGGGUCUCUGCCAUGGGAGCAUAUUCACCCAGUGCUUUUCAAACUGCACUGGCUCCCGGUGGAGUACAGGGUCAGAUUUAAGGUGCUGCUUUUGACCUUUAAAGCCCUUCACGGCCUAGGACCCUCGUACCUACGAGACCGCCUCUCCCAGUAUGCCCCACGGAGAGCCUCAAGGUCCAUAAAUAGCAACACCCUAGUGGUCCCGGGCCCUAAGGAAGUUAGAUUGGCUUCAACCAGAGCCCAGGGCCUUUUCAACUCUGGCUCCGGCCUGGUGGAACGCUCUGCCUCAUGAGACCAGGGCCCUGCAGGAUCUGAUUUCUUUCCGCAGGGCCUGUAAGACAGAGUUGUUCCGCCUGGCCUUUGGCUUGGAGCCAAUUUGAUUCCCUCCCUCUCUUUCUUUUUUUCUUUCCUUCUCCUCCUGCGUUGAGGCUACAUUUUAUUUUAAUGUUGUAAUAUUUUAAUGUUGUAUAUUAAUUUUGUUUUUAAGUCGUAAUCAUUCAACUUGUUUUUAUUAUUGCUUGUAAGCCGCUCUGAGCCCUGCCUUGGCUGGGGAGGGCGGGGUAUAAAUAAAAAAUAAUUAUUAUUAUUAUUUUGUUUCUGUGACUCCUAGAUGUAUGGCAAUGGGACUGACAUGUGCGAGAGCAUGUGGGGAGAUUCACUGAAGGUAAGUGACUCCCCUUGCCUGUGCCUGCAAAUGGAUGAGAUGGAUAGCAAGGUCGUCAAGCUCUUGGAGGAGAGGACCACCGGUAAUAGUAGCAGUAGCAGCAGAAGUGAUGAAGAGCAGUUCUGUCGCCUCAAGUUGGACAAAAUAAAGAAGCUGAAGGAGCCGAAAGACGAAGGUGUGGAGACAUUCUAA